GGGCCGGCGAUUUGAAUCCGGCGGCGGGUGGCGGCCGGGCCGAGGGGUGGGUUCGGGCACCGCGGCUGCCGGGUCCCGGAGACGGCGUGGCGGGGCCGGGACGAGUCUGCCUGCCGGCGGCGAGCUUGGCGGCCAGCAUCAGCCUUCUCGAGCGAACCUUCAGGCCCAGAGAGCAGAGAUCUGGAAGAUGGAUAACAAUUCAAAGGACAGCGAACCCCCUGAAACCAAGGAGUCUGUUAUUUAUAACGCUGAGAAGGCCUCUUUCACUUUGGGAAAUGAGAAGUUUGUAACUCCUCAGAAGCGUGCAGCGGAAGUGACUCCUGAUUGUUGCACACCAGAUGCUUUUCAAUCGCCUUUGGACUUCUCCUCAGUAACUGUAGAGCAAUUGGGAAUCACCCCUGAAAGCUUUGUAAAGAGCUCUUCUGGAAAGUCAUCAACCUACCUUAAAAAGUCCAGACGACGCUCUACAGUUGGUGCCCGGGGCUCUCCUGAAACAAACCAUCUUAUUCGUUUCAUUGCUCAGCAGCGGAAUGUAAAGAAUGCAGAGAAAUCUCCUUUGACACAGAAUUCCCCUUUUCAGGGAAGCCCUGUACUGUAUCAAAAUGUUAAUUCUUUAAGAGAGCGAAUAUCUGCCUUCCAGUCGGCUUUUCACUCCAUAAAGGAAGAUGAGAAAAUGACUGACUGUCCCGAAUUCUCAGCGGCAGAAGGAGAGUUCGAGACACCAGGCUUGACCAGAAAAGAAAGCCCUGAUGAAUGUCAGCAGUCUGAGUUCCCUGCAAAGUUAUCUUCCAAGCGUCGGAGGACGUCUUCUCAGAGCAGCUCUGCUGGGAAUCUGACUGGUACACUUGGUCUCCACGUGGUCAGUAUUGCUCCGUCUUCCAGUGCAGGCAGAGUGUGUGCUGUUGGAGCUUCUCUUGCAGAUCUUUCUGAGAAAUCUUCUGAAUCUGGUUUCAUGCAGUCUGGAUGUUUGAUUGAAGAGUCUGUUCUACGUUCCAAGCUCACAGAGGCUUCAAGUGGAAUCCAGGUUGCUGACUGUGUGGAGGACAGUGGAUCGAGCGAGGCUGUUUCACUUGACAACUUUACUGAUACAGCUCCUGACGUCAGGGCUCCGGUCCCCACACUGUGCAAGAGGGACAGUCCAUCCUCUGAGACCAUCGUCCUUCGUUCUGUGCUAAAGAAACCCUCUGUUACGCUGUGUCUAGAAAGCCUGCAAGAACACUGUGACAACCUUUCUGACGAUGGGACUCAUCCAAGUUUCACCUCAAAUCUUGCAAACUGUUGCAAAGAACGAAAAGCAGAAAGUCAAGAAAGUUGUAAAGUACCGACCUUUCUAAAUACAAAGAAGAGGAAGAGAGUAACUUUUGGAGAGGACCUAAGCCCUGAAGUGUUUGAUGAAUCUUUGCCAGCAAAUACUCCAUUGCGUAAAGGAGGAACACCUGUUCGUAAAAAGGAUUUGAGUGAUGUCAGUCCACUGCUACUUGAGCAGUCACCAGUUCCUGAGCGGUUAUUGCAACCAAAUUUUGAUGACAAGGGGGAGAAUGUUGAAAACAUAGAACCUCUUCCGGUGUCAUUUGCAGUUCUGAGUCCUCUUAAGUCUUCCAUCUCUGAGACUCUUUCAGGCCCUGAUACCUUUAGCUCUUCAAAUAACCACGAGAAAACAUCCUCCUGUAAAGUUGGCAGAACAACACGGACCUCUAACAGAAGAAGCCAAUUGCUUAGUUUUGCAGAAGAGAGUGUUGGCAGCUUAUUUAAUACAGAAGCUCAGCCUUGUAAAGAAAAGACAAUUAAUAGGAGGAAGUCACAAGGAAGCAAGUGCACAGACAGAGCACUUCCUAAAAAGAACCAGGUUGUAAAAAGUUGCAGAAAGAAGAAAGGAAAGGGAAAGAAAAGCGUUCAGAAGUCUUUAUAUGGGGAAAGAGAGAUUGCCUCUAAGAAGCCGCUCCUAAGUCCUAUUCCAGAGCUGCCUGAGGCCUCGGAGAUGCCACCUUCGGUUCCAAGUGUCCGGAGGACGUGCCCAGAUGAUUUCAACUCAAAUGGUGAACUUGAAGAAGUGAAGCUUUCUGAAAGAAAGAAUCUUUUGCCUCAGAACCCAGAAGAUUUCCAGAUGAAUCAGGGCUUUAAUAAAAACAGUGUGUCUGAAUUCUGCAGCUCUUACAUAAAAAGUUCCUCGUUGCUUGUUAAUGCUACUUUUGAUCAAGAUUCAGAUAUAAAUACUACAGAAAUUAAUGAAAAUAAAAACACUUCAAAAGCAGAAAUAAAGUUGGAAAGUGAAAAUGAACUAAAACCUGAGACUGAGAAUGAAAACAGUCUUGUUUCUUGUGGUUCUGUGACUGAAAAACCAGUUCUAUCAGAUAAUCCAAAGCAUGAUUUUAUCCUGCAGUCCCAAGAGUGUUUUUCUGCUUCUGGUCAAAAUGUGGAAGACCCUUUUCAAAUCUUUAACAUUUCAGAAGAUAGAAAGUGUGAAAGACCGGAUGAUUUCUUAGUAGCUACUGAAGGAAAACUGCAGACCAAGCAUUUAAUGUGUGACUCACAAAAAGAAUGUGAUUGUUCAGAAGAUGUCUUAAUUGACAAUAUAAAAGAAAGUAAAAAUCCAAGUGAGGACUUGGGAAGAAACUCCGCAGAAAAUAGUGAUAUGCGUUGUAGAGAAAGGAAGCAGAGAAGGCGCUCCAUGUGCUGUUCCGAUGGUCAGAGCUUACAUCUGGAAACAAGUGGAAGUCACAAACUUUCCGACAGGGUGAGCAGCUCUGCAGAGGUUAGUUUAGGAGAUUCUGAACUGUAUAAAGAUUUAUCUGAGUCCAUAGAGCAAACCUUUCAGAGAGGAAGUAGUGAAGCAAAAGUAAGACGCAGCACAAGGCUACGCAAGGAUGUGGAAAAUGAGGGGCUUGUGUGGAUUUCACUUGCAUUUCCUUCCGCUUCCUGGACCUCCCAGAGAACCAAAAGGAGAACAAUAUGUACAGUUGACGACAGAGGAUUUGAAAGUGUGUCCCCCAGAAAAGAAACUGUGUCCUCCAGACAGAAACCGUGUACGCUGCCCUCCACGUCAGCUCAAGAAAACAGCGAGGGCCGUGCUGCCAGUUCUCACUUACCUGGGAAGAGGAGGAGGAGCUUUUGUACAUCUGUGCUUGCAAAUACUAAGAAUGCUACUCAGUCAAAAUGCUACAAAAGAAGAUCCUUUCUCCACCAGAAGGGAGAAGGCUCUCUAAAUGACUUUGAGAGAACGGGACAUAUCAGAGAACCAAAGCAAUAACUGACAUUUCCUGCAGAACAUUUUGUAAGAGAGAAGGUAACCGUCCAUGCUUAAAAGAUUCUUUCAUUCUACUUCCCAUCCUUUGUUCAACUUCAGUGUUUUAAAAGUUUCGAAUAAAUAAAAUCAUUUGAGUUGAACCUA